GCAGCCGAGACAGCGCCUCGGCCACUAAUCGAUCGGUGGACCGCGGCAGUUAUUUCUUGUUCUUCAUAGAAAGGCAUUGGUACAGGAAACUGCGGGGAACUCGACUGCACGACACACACAGUAUGGCCUCAGCUAGGCAGGCCCUCCACUCGUGGGAUGGGGGUGGGGGUGACAAAUGAGGCACGCACUUACACGAGCUGUGUGAAUUCCUUGAUCAUUGCCUGGGUAGAUCGAAAGUCAACCCCGUUACGACUGCGCCAUGUCCCCAAAGGAGUCUCGAGAGGGAGGUGCUGCGGUGGGGAGGUUGGACGGGCCUGUGGAUGCAGGACCUUCCCGGGGUUGACCAUCUCCACGACAUGUACGAAGUACACUCGAUCGGUGCGGAAAUCUGACAGACGAGGAUGUUGUUCGCCUCCUCCUGUGUACUUCCUGCACGGCCAACAACGGCCUGGCUGGGCCAACCGGUGGGCACGGUUGUAUGCAUGCACGCCGCCGUCGGUCUUGGGCCAGCUUCCGCAUCGGUCUCACAGCUGGGGGGGUCUGCCCAACCUCGCGAUUCCCAGGCGGAGAGCUCGCCGCCGCCCAAUCCUCGAGCUCCGAUUCCUCUGAUCCCCACCUACCCUCCUCCUACCAUGGCCAGCUUCAUGCAGCCUAGAUGGGAUUGUCUCAAGCUGCUGUUGGGACACCAGCAAGAUGCCAUCCCAACCCCGCUGUACCACACCUGCUCUCCCUCGAGGUCCUGCCCGGGGUGGCACUUCUGGUGUAUAAACAUCCCGCCUCCCAGAUCGUCUGCUGCCUCCUCUCCCCAUCCUGCUUCCUCAUCGCCGGCUUCCUGGGUUCUCCCGACCACCAACCGUUCGCUAAGGUUUCUCCAGACCCUCGCUCCCAACCUCCUCGUGCCUGAAGAUCCUGGGCCUACCAGAUCAUCUUAACCCUUUACUACAAGCCAGUCGUUGCCAGCAGGCCGGCCACACAGACACAAUGAGAGCAGUGCUUUCCCUCUUCGCCCUCGCGGCCACGGCCCUUGCGGCCAACAUC